AAAGCAAUUGUUUUCAAAGAUCGCAAAAAAACACUGACUUUUAGUCGAGUUUUCGCUCGAUUUGUGACAACAACUCUCUGUUUGAAUACAAUUCUCGUUCCGUCAGUCCGUCCGCUGUCCACCCGUCCACUCGUCCGUCCGUUUCGUAUGCAAAAUGCGUUCCUAAUGAAUGACUUGUCUUCCGCCGACUUCUCCGCCACCCACGCCGCGCUGCCGCCACAAUUUGAUUUGUUGGCCAACACGCACGCUCUGAUGACUUCGGGCGACGCGGAGUUCGGCUCAAAUGGCGACCGAAGUCUACAACAAAAUCAUUGUUUGAAUUCCAAGAAAAAACGUCACGGAGGCGUCAAUCAAUUGGGAGGUGUUUUCGUCAACGGCCGACCGCUUCCCGAUGUUGUCCGCUCCAGAAUUGUCGAAUUGGCGCAUCAGGGCGUCCGUCCGUGUGAUAUAUCUCGACAGUUACGCGUUUCUCACGGCUGUGUCUCCAAAAUUCUCGGUCGUUAUUACGAAACGGGUUCAAUAAAGCCGGGAGUUAUCGGAGGUUCGAAACCAAAAGUGGCCACUCCGCGGGUCGUGGACGCGAUUGCCAAUUACAAGAAGUCGAAUCCGACAAUGUUCGCGUGGGAGAUCCGCGACCGCCUUUUGUCGGACGGAAUCUGCGAUUCGGAUAACAUUCCUUCGGUUUCGUCUAUCAAUAGAAUAGUUAGGAAUAAAGCGGCGGAAAAAGCGAAACAUCAUCACAACCACAAUCAUCAUUCGGUUCCGUCGCCCACAACCACUCCAAAGUCCGCCGAAACGUCGGUAAUUGUUUCACAACAACAACAACAACAACAAACGACACAACACUCGCAAUUGUAUUCCAUUAACGGAAUUCUUGGCAUUUCUCACGAUUCCUCCGAAAAGCGCGCCCUCGCACUCAAGUCGCGACAGGAGGACACCCCCGCCACGGCCGAUACCGACCGAACGACCGCCCGCUUUGAGUCGCGUUCACCGGCCGCCGAAUUCAAAUCAUCAGAUAUAAAGCCGCCGUUUGUGUCGCCCACGACGUCGGCAUCUGUCGUCCAGCCGUCGUCCGAGACGUCGUAUUGGACGCAAAGUUAUGGAACGACUGGUCAGAACGCGUCGUCUGAGACGACACAUCAUUCGUCACAUUCCGAAAGUCAACCUCAUUAUGAAACGACAACUCUAUACACGCCUCCAAUCGUGCAAACGAUGUCUUCGUCGUCCGAAUUGACGCCCACUUACCACGAAAUGGAUAAAUUAGUCAAUCAAUCGAAUGACUACUUCUACGGCCAAUCCAUUCAUCCGUCCGUCACUGCCAACACCUCAUAUCCAACCGGAUCACAACCAAACAGCGCUUCAAUCUCUCUCUGUUCUCCCGCAGGAUCAACUGCCGCUUCCGGUGAUUAUUACGCGGCUUACCACCACGCCCACGCCUCCUACUACGCCUCGCCCUCAUACGGAGCAAACUACGGCCAACUGGCCACUGCGCAAUCAGCACCUGUCGCUUCGGCAGUUCAACAAAGUUCGCUUCAAAUAAAUCCGUACUACUACUCGGCCGCCGCCGUGGGUUCGGCUGUCGGUCUUCCGCCGCCUCGGACGCCGUCGUCUCCGCCGUCUUCGUCUUCGCGGACGACGGUUUCGCUGUGAU